ACAGCAAUGUUCGUGACUAACUUCUCGCAGUACGUCAAUAGCUCGACAUGGGUCUUGCUUCCCAUGGUAGCAGUCUUCGUCUCUGUCUUCUCAUUUACUAGAUACAUCGUGAAAAGCUACUUCAACAGAAAUUUGCUGAAAGAGCCCCCAGGUCCAUGGGGUCUACCUAUCUUCGGUUACCUGCUGUUUCUGAAGCGCAGCUCUCAUUUGAAACUGACAAAAUUGGGGAAAAAGUUCGGUUCCAUCUAUCAAAUCUUUUUGGGUUCGAAAAGAGUCGUCGUUGUCAGUGAUCCAAAACUUGUCCGAGAAGCUUUCAGGCAGUCCAUCUUUUCUGGUCGACCCGACACUAGUCUAACGAGACUUAUGGAUGGCUAUGGGAUCAUUAAUUCUGGUGGCAAACUGUGGCUCGAGCAGAGAGCUUUUCUGCAUAGUGUUCUAAGAGAAUUUGGUGCUAGAAAUAUGGGACCCAAUCGCACAUCUUUAGAGUUGAACAUACAGAAUCAAGUGUCUGAGCUGUUGGCAUCGUUGUCAACUAGAAAAGGAGCUAAAGUAUAUGUGCGUCCUGUAAUUGCUCGUGCAGUUAGCAACGUAGUUGGAACCAUGUUGAUGAGCGUCACCUUCGAUGAAUCUGAUGAAGGUUUCAAACGGCUGUUGUACUUGAUCGAGGAUGGUUUCAAGCACUUAACAGUGGCCGUGCCUGUCAACUUUAUGCCUGUUCUCAGAUAUCUGCCUAUCGUCAGAAGUGCAUACAAAAAAAUCCAAAGUAACAAGAAAGAGACAGACGCAUAUUUCGCUCAAGUUGCCCGAAGACACAAAGAAACUUUAGAUCCAGAAAACGUCAGAGAUUUUGUUGACGCUUUUUUCGUGAAACAAGCAGAAGUGAAACAUCAAAACAAAGAAACUUUCUUCUCAGAUGAACAGCUCCAUCAAGUAAUGGGAGAUGUUUUUAGCGCUGGUCUGGAAACUGUCACUUCCACCCUCGAAUGGUCAGUUGUGUUCCUCGUCAGGCACAAAGCUGUGCAGAGACGCUUCCAGGAAGAAAUCGAUGAUGUUAUAGGUUCAGAAAGGAGGCCCGAACUCAGCGAUCUUCCUCACAUGCCAUAUGCCGAGGCUUUCAUUCUUGAAGUUCUUCGCAGAGCCAAUGUCAUCCCUCUUGGGAAUUCUCACGCUACUUUACAAGAUACUCAAUUAGGUGGCUAUUUUAUUCCCGAAGGAACUCAUAUCAUACCCAAUUUAUGGUCCAUUCAUAUGGAUCCUAAUCUGUGGGAUUCUCCGGAAGAAUUCCGACCCGAACGUUUCCUAGUCGACGGAGCUGUUGUAAAACCUCAGCACUUCAUGCCGUUUUCUGUUGGAAGGAGAAUGUGCGUUGGAGACAUUCUUACUAAAAUGGAAGUAUUUCUGUUUCUGACCGGUCUUCUGCAAAAAUUUGAUCUAGAAGUUCCAGCAGACGAAGAACUCCCAAAUUUGGAUGCCGAUACUCACGUUUCCCUUUCUGCAAAGCCAUUCAAUGUGUGCGCCUUUCCCAGAGAAUAAGAGCUGUGCUUUUUUUGAACGUCACCUCAAUUUCAAUUCUCAAAAACAGAAACCGCUCUAUUCAUUUAUACGGCGAAAUAUAUCAAAUAUGCUUUGUAUCAAAAUGAUAUUAUGCCAUUACACUGCAAUCAUAUUUAGAACAUUUUAAGCUCAUUUAACAUUUCUAUACAUUGCAUUAUUUCAUGAAUCGAUGCUUUUUUAUUUUUCUAUAAGUUUUCAUUAGCUUUUUAAAGCAUUGAAACAAAGAAAAUUUCUCAUCAAAUAUAUGUGCCAACGAUCAAAAAUUGCAUAUAAUAAUUUUGUUUAUUGUAAGUUUCUAACUCAUUUGAACGAUUAUAAAGGAAAAAUAUUUUAAUUGAUUCAUUAGAAUGUCAACGUUUUUCCAUUAUAAAGAAGAUCAUGCACAUUUAUAUCAUUUUUAUGCUUGUUUUUUUUGUCUAUCACAAAGCCAUUUGUAAAUAAUCUCAUCUUCAAUUUAGAAUAUAAGAAUCAAAAUCAUUGUCCUUGUUCAAUGUAUGAAUAUUUUUUAUUGUUUUUGCAUUCAUAUUCUUGUAUCAAUGAAUUUUUAAGAAUCUAAAUUGCACGCUGCAAGUUCGUAGUUCCACAUGCACACGUUAUAAAUCGUUAUAAAUACUACUUGAAGAUUUUAUUAAAAAUGUUAUAUCUAUAAAAUGCUCUUUAAAAUAAAAAUAUUCGCUACAUCACCUUCAUUUCCAACAUACCCUUUUUUCGGAGUUGGCUUUAUUUCAGUAGCACUGAAAGCAAAAUUCUGAGAAAUAAAAUUUAAGAUACUUUUCAGUUCAUUAUAGAAAUUAUUUAGGUUUUCAGAAGUUAAAUCAAUGCAAUGAUUUCUCUACAUACUUAAUAACGUAACUGAGAAGAGAGAGUUUAGUGCUUUUGCCUUAUUUCAAAAUGUACACAAAUUGCUAUUUUUAUGAAAACAAUAAUUUGUAUACAUUUUGAAAUUUCCAUAUUUCACUUUGAAUAAGUGAUAAAUGCCUCAGCUACCAUUGGAUGCCUAUAUUCCUUGCUACAUCAUUGCCCUUGCCAAUAUUAACGAUAUAAGACUUUAUAGUAGGAUAUUUUAUAGAUAACAACACAUUCAUAUUUAUUGCAGUACUUAAAUAAGUUCAUUGCCAUCAUCUGAAAUCAAAAUCUGUAAAUGAAUAUGCAACAAAUAGUACAAACUGAGCUUUAUCGGUAUUCGAAGACAAAAGCAUUAAAUAAACCCAUUUUAUUUACAGUCGUAUUCCUUAAAAGAACGCAAAAGGUAUCUUAACUGUAGAAAAUAUUUUUCAUUGUUAAUUUGCUAUAAUUCUGGACGAAAAAUUAACUCUAGAAGCUUUAUAAAAGAUGUGGUUGAAAUAAUUUAUUCAAAGUUUACUCAUGAUACAUUUUUGCACUCAAUAGGAAUGCUACUUGCCAAUUAAUCUUCGAAUGCCGAAUUUAAAAUAAUAGUCUCACAUUGAGAUUUUUUAUGUUUCUGUUUUAUCAGUAUUAUGAGUGCAGUUUAUAUGUUCCUUGUAUUCA